AUGGAGCCGAGCUCCUCGGGCUCCUUAGUCAGGGACAUGCGGGCGGCGAUGAGAAGCACGCACGACAGGGGAUCGAGGAUCGACGCGGCGCUCCGAGCGAAGGAAGAGGCGGCGUCGCGCUCCGACGCCGCCUAUGCUGGCGGCACGGAGCCGCAUAGCGCAUCGGGCGGCGACGAUGUUGACUCGAUGUUGAGUCGACCGGCGCCCACCCCGCCCAGGGCGCCCCCCACUCAAGACGGCCGACGUCGCCCGAGGCCCGGCGCGGCGCCUCCAACGCAGCCACCGACGACGUACGCGGAGCGCGUGGAGCGUGAGCGCGCGGCGGCGCUCGAGGACGCGGAGCUGAGGCGCGUCGCGCUGCAGGCGAGGGGCGUUGAUCUGUUCGUACCCGCAGUGCGACCGGGGCGGGAGCCGACGGUUCGGAACACCAGGGGCGGCGAGUCGCUCAGACCGACCGUGCGAGGGGGCGUGGGGGUGGACGAGACUACCGCGGCGGCGAUCGAGAGGGGCGCGAGGGAGCUCUCGGCGCGGCGAAGGGGCGCGAAGGGCGCGGCCGAGACGGGCACGUGGCACGACAAAUUCCUCGCGCGGUACGGACUCGACAAGACGGCGGGGAGGUGA